GGGAAUCUUAUUGGAUUUUUGGCAAUUUAACGAGUUUGAUUGAUUUGGUGUGUGUGUGCGUGCGUUUUCGGACAGUUUUCGUCGCACGUGCAUUUGACAGAUCGAAAGAACGACGAUGACAGAUGCACGAUCAAGAGUGCGUGAGAUUCGCAUUGCGUAGAGAAAGAAAUAUAUAAUAGUGUGCGUGUGAGAGAGAGAGGAGGUGCUGCUGAUCCUGCUGCGUCCAAAUCAACCUGCCUGCUACUUGCUUUUGGGCACCAUCACCGACGAGAGACAGAGAGAGUUAUUAAGUGAGAAGUGCAAUUCUGCUGGUGGAGGGGUGGCGCCUAUCGUCAUGGCCAGUCAGACGACGACGACGACGACAACAGCGAGAGGGGUGUCGCGUGUUCUGGAGAAGCUGGAGAACUCCAUCAAGGAGGGCAACUACUAUGAGGCCCAUCAGAUGUACAGGACACUGUAUUUUAGGUAUUUGACACAGAAAAAGUAUGAUGAAUUGAUGGAUCUGCUGAGCAAAGGGGCUCUCCUCUUCCUGGAAAACGAUCAACAAGGGAGCGGCGCCGACUUGGGAAUCCUGCUGCUCGACGUUCUCGAAAAAUCCGAGUGUCGCGCGUACGCUGAAUGGUCGCAACAGCUGAGCAAGAUCUUCGCGAAGAUCAGCUCGAGCAUACCCGAACGCGACUCGUUCCUGGCGAAGGCGAUCCGUUGGUCCUCGGCGGACGGCAUCCACGGUCAUCCGAUGCUGCACCAGAAUUUGGCGCAGGUCUUCUGGAACGAAAAGAACUACUCGCAGGCGCGCUACCAUUACCUGCAUUCGCGUGACGGCCAAGGAUGCGCCCGUCUCCUGAUCGAACUCCAAUCCAGUCACGGUUACACCGCCGAAGUCGACCUCUUCAUCGCGCAGGCCGUGCUGCAGUUCCUCUGUCUGCGGAACAAAUCGACCGCCAAUCAGACGUUCACCAGUUACACGCAGCAUCAUCCGAGCAUCAAGAAGAACGGUCCACCGUAUCUGCUGCCGCUGUUGAACUUCAUAUGGUUCCUGCUGAGGGCGAUAGAGUCCCAGAAGUUGGCCACGUUCACGGUGCUCUGCGAACAGUACGAGCCGUCCAUACGUCGCGAUCCCUGCUACGUCCAAUACCUGGACAAGAUCGGACAGAUCUUCUUCGGAGUGCAGCCGCCGCCAACUCCCUCUGGUGCCGGCGGCGGUGGUCUUUUCGGCAACUUCCUGCAGAGCUUCUUGGGUGGCCUAGGUGACGACGACGACGAAAGCGAUGAGAGUGAAUCUUCGUCCGCGCGCACUCACAGACCGUCCGCCUCCAGCAGCAGCACAAGCAGCAGCGGCAACCGAAAACCAAUCGAAAACACCGAAUUAGACUAGAAACACAACAUAAAUCAAAUCGACACACACGCAUACAUUUAUACGAAACCUUGUUAUCAACAACAACAAACAACAACAACAACAAAAAUAACUCAUCAAUACAAUUACUUCUUAGCCCCCCUCGCCUCCGCCAAUCACACGUUACUGGUGGCAGUCAAGGCGGCGGUGGCAGCAGUGCGCGAAACACGGCACCCCAGGAUGUUAUCCUUUAUUAUUAUUUCUUUUUUUUUCUUUGUUAUCCAGUGAUGAUGAUGACGACAGACGGAAACUA